AUGUGUAUUGAUCAUAUGAAAGAACAUAAUGAUUUAAAAAAAUCAGAAUUAAACUCGUUAAAUGAUGACAUCAAAAUGCUCAAUGAUCAAUUUAAAACAUUUGAUAUAGACAAAUUGAUUAAAGAUAGUCGUGAUAAACUCGACAAAUGGAAAGAUGAUUGUCAUAAAAUUAUUAAUUGUUAUUAUGAACAAAAAUGUCAAGAAAUUGAACGAUUUUUAACUCAAAAAAUAGAUCAAUAUCGAAAAGAUAUUGAUCAAACACAAACAACAAUUAUUAAUUCAAUUCAAAGUGAAAAAUUCUCAGAAAAAAAUCUUCAAUUUUUAAAAUCAACAAUUUAUGAUAUUAAACAUGAGAUAAACAAAAUCAAAGAAAAAGGCAUACAAAUCGAUAUUCAUCCUUUUACAUUAAAUAAUCAUAUCAUAUCUAUAAAGGAUUUUAAACCAAAUGCAUUUAAUAUAAAUACAUCAAUUCUUUCAUCUCCAUAUCAUACAAUUGAAUGUAAUGAUGGAUGGCAAUCAGAACUUGCUUGUAAUGAUCAUUCAAUUUUAAUUAGUUUAUCUAAUAAUUUAGGUUUAUUUGAUCGAGAUUUAAAUCUUAUUAAGAAAUCUCCAUGGAAAUUUGAAUGUAUUUAUGAUAUGUGUUGGUCAUCAACAUUAUCGAAUUUUAUUAUUAUAACAGAUAAGAAAAAAGUUUAUCGUAUUCAUGAAACUACUUUAUCAAUUGAACGUAUUUAUGGAAUUGAAGAAAAAGAUUGGUUAUCUUGUACAUGUUCAGAUACAUAUCUUUAUUUAACAACAUCUGAAACAGGUUCAAAUAUAUAUCAAUUUAAACUUUUACCAUUAAUUCGACCAGUUAAACGAUGGCAACCUCCAUAUUCUUGUAGACAACAUGAAUCUAUUCAUGCUAUUGAAUAUAAUAAUAGAACACUUGCUUUAAUAAUUAGAGAAUCUUUUGGAGGUGUUGUUGAUAUUGAACUUCGAUCAUCUUUAACACUUACUCGACUUUGGUCACUUCCACUUGAUAUGAGAAGUUCUGGACUAUGGUCUAGAAUUAGUUGUUGUUCACUUCAAUAUGAUGAAUGGCUUGUAUCACAAACAACUACUUCACGUCUUUUUCAUAUUAGUAAAGAUGGUAUAUUGAAAGUAAUGCAUGAAUAUCAUCCAAAAUUAAAUAAUGCUAUUAUGUUUAAUUCAAAUAUAUUAGUUAUACAUUUAGGAACAAAAAUAAAUUUUUAUAAAUUAUAG